UAAUCAAUAGUGCAAUGUUUACAAAAUAUUUUGGGUGGAUGUCGGCGAGAAGGCGCGUUUAACUAGUUUUAGUCAUGUCUAGUCGUAAUUUAAGUGCAAUAGUCCUGCUCCUUGGGGCGUUAGUGGCCGCCUGCCAAGCCUCCAACGGCGACCGCACACAGUUUUUUCACAAUUGUCGACAGAACUGCGAGCGAACGAACUGCUCGGCAGAUGGGCUGGAGAUCCAGGAGCAGGCAGUCAAGUUUUACCAGCAAUCAGUGUUCGACCGGCUCUUCCAGUGGAGCUGCGCGGACGAGUGUCAGUAUGGAUGCAUGUGGAGAACGGUGUUCGCCUUCUUUGAACGCGGUUGGCCGAUUCCGCAGUUCUACGGCAAGUGGCCCUUCCUCCGCCUUCUGGGCAUGCAGGAGCCGGCCUCAGUUAUCUUCUCCUGCCUCAAUUUUGUCGUUCACCUGCGCUUGUUACGCAAGUUCCGCCGAGAAGUGCGUCCGGACAGUCCCUGCUAUAUGCUGACCCACAUAUUCGCAGUGACGAGUCUCAACGGCUGGAUCUGGUCGGCCAUCUUUCACACAAGGGACUUUCCACUGACCGAGUUGCUGGACUACGCCUUUGCCUACUCCAUCAUCUUGUGCUCACUUUACGUCAUGGUCAUGCGGAUGCUGCACCGCUACUCGCUGUUCCUGCGAGGUGUGAUCACGUUGGCCUUCCUCUCCUACUACAUUAACUACUUUGCCUACUUGAGCGUGGGGCGGUUCAACUAUGCCUUCAACAUGAUGGUAAACGUGGCCACGGGAGUGAUAGCGGCAGUGGGAUGGUUCGUUUGGUGUCACUUUGUGCGCACCCGCAGGCCCUAUUUUAGAAGGAUCCUGCGUUUCUAUAUUCUCAUGGCGUUGGCCAUGAGCCUUGAACUGCUUGACUUCCCGCCCAUCCUCUGGAUUCUAGAUGCUCAUGCUCUGUGGCACUUGGCAACAAUCCCUCUGGCAUCCCUCUACUAUGACUUCAUGAUAGAGGACUGUCGAACCCUGCGAAAGGAGAAGGCUGCGGCCGGCGGCUAUUCAUUCUACAAUUAGUAUUAUCUAAGACAUUCUUAGCCCUGAAAGCACGCAAAGCUAUCUGGCGAUUUUUUCAUGUAAUUUGUAACAAAGCGAAAAAAUGUAAUGUAUUUUAUCGAAAGUCAAAGCGAAAGCCGCCUUUGACAGUAACCAGAACGGCAGGAAAACUAAUAGCUUCGUUUAAAAAGACAUAAUAGAGACUUUAUUACAACA